ACAUCUUGUCUGUCUCCUUUACCACGAUCACGAUACAAAAUCAGUCCUGCCACAUGGGUUAAAUAAGAGAACUUUUUCAAAAAAUUUAAAGUGCAUUAUUUUAAUGUUGUGUCUUUGAGAAUUUUGAAUUUUUACCAAAAUACGCCGUUGCAGAAACAUUUUAAAAUGUCGAGCACGUGUCGUCGGAAUAAGAAGGAUUUUAUGGAAUUAGUCACAUAUGUCGAUAUGGGAUUUGGAGCCUUGUCAGUUUUCUUCAGCACCCUUAUUUUUAUAAAUUCAUUGCCAUUAUCUCGGGAAGGGCAUGAAUUCGCUCAUGACGCAACAACAACAUUGUUUAUGGCUUCCAUUUUCGUUCACUUUCUUCAACUUUUCCAUGCAAUUCGACUUCUCAACAGCACCGAGCACCAGAAUUUCCAAGAUAAUCCACAAGAAUCUAUACGUUUGGCCAAUUCGUGGCAAUUUUGGUCCAUACUUUUCCUCGUUCUUCUUCUCGUCAAGUUUUAUAUUGUUUAUCGAUGUUACGGACAUAGCUUCUCGUUUGUGCUAUACUCAAUCUUCAUCGGUCUAGAAUUCUGCUUUAGAAUUCAUUCCAGGUACUCUGUCAAAGAAUUUAUUUAUGAGAUUGAGAUGAAUUUGUCCAGUGAAUAUUAUCGUUGGAACCAAUAAACGUUAACAAAAGCCUUGAGUAAUAAGGUUGUCUUAAAAUAUCUCGUAUAACACAUACACACAUAUGCACAUACAUAUACAUCCAACUUUCACAUCCUUCUUGCUCCUUUGUUAUCCCAUCAGAAAAUUUUACGCUUAACAAGCAUGUAAGUAUUAUUUGAAAAUAUUUUGCAUCUAAUUAUUGCGAGCUCAGUGUUCAUUUUGGAGCAUCGAAACAACAAAAUGCAUGGAACAUUGAAGUUGAUAUCAACCUUAAUGCUGCAUAUAAAUUUGAUGAAUGUUAAAUCUGUUCAGUAAUAAAUAGAUGUCAAGGGCAGUUCGCCAAAAAAUCUGAAGUGAAAUAUUGAAAGAUGGAACUGAAAAUGUCUCAAGUGACGUAAUACAUACGGCUGUUUUUAGUUCACCACGCUUCAAUGUUUAUAGGUUUAGUAUCUAUUUUAUUCAGGGUAUUGAACGCAGUUGACUUUCCACCAUGCUCCAAAACGAUAAUAUAUCCGUACAAAAUGAGCAAAUUCGAGUCUUAAAAUAAUUUAAAUUGCACUCUAAGUAGCAAAAUAAGCGGUAAAUUAUUAGUACAAUGGAUAUUCUGAAGGAAGGAGACGCCAAGUCCAAAAUAGUCAGCAUAAUCUGCAUUGUUGAUCUCAUUCAACCAGCGAUAAUUAUCCUAAUCCGUGCUUGGUCAAUUAUUUUUCGAUCUGCAGUCAGUGAUACAGAAUUUAUAAUCUCCGAGCACAACUCAUCAAUUGUUGUCCUUCUCUUUGCGGUUGUAAUUUGUUUCUACGUCAUUCAUCUGACGAUUGGUUUAAAACUAUUCAGUGCACUCGAGCAAAUGGAAUGUGAUGCACUCUUGGCUGCUCGAAAUGCUAAAGUGUGGCAAAGCUGGUCCAUCAUUUUUCUCUUCUUUUUAAUUGGAAACCUAUUCGCGAAUAUUUUGUCUUCAACGGCAAAGAUCGCCAUUGCAUAUGCCACAAUUACUGGAGUUUGUGAAAUUGGAUGGAGGCUGUUUGGAAUUUAUUACGUGGGUUUAUUCAUUGAUGAAUUGGUGGAGAGGAUACCAGGAAAUAUAAAUCUGGUUCCUACCAUUAAAUUUUUUGGAGUAAGAUUUCCACUUGCAUCAGAAUCCAGCAGAGAUGAAUUGGAAUAAUUUUUGUUACUUCGACAUUGCAAUAAUGUAAAACUUCGCAAUAAACUAUUUAAAAUAAAAGUCAA